CUGAUUGCAUUAGACAGGAAAGAAAAGGAAUGCAAGAGAUGAGAGUUUCAGGGUUUAGAGUUCUUCUCUUGGUUUCUUGUUUCUUCUGCAUAUCCAAAGGAGCUAUUGUUCCUGCACUCAUCAUGUUUGGUGACUCCAUUGUUGACGUUGGCAACAACAAUAACUUACUCAGCAUAGUCAAAUCCAACUUUCCUCCUUAUGGCAGAGACUUCAUCGACCAAAGACCCACCGGAAGAUUCUGCAACGGAAAACUCGCAGUUGAUUUCUCAGCCGAGUACCUUGGUUUCUCUUCAUACCCACCUGCAUUCCUAAGCCGAGAAGCAAGUAACGAGACUCUACUGACCGGCGCCAACUUUGCAUCAGCUUCUUCAGGAUACUAUGAUGCCACAUCUGUUCCAUUUGGCGCCAUCUCCUUAACACGGCAGCUGAGCUAUUACAGGGCAUAUCAAAACAGAGUAACAAGAAUGAUCGGGAGGGAGAAUGCGCGCAGGCUGUUCUCUAGAGGUAUCCACAUUUUGAGUGCGGGAUCUAGCGACUUUCUUCAGAACUACUACAUCAAUCCUCUACUCAACAUCCUAAAUACACCUGAUCAGUUCGCUGACAUUCUCAUGAGAUCCUACUCAGAAUUCAUCCAGAAUCUGUAUGAACUAGGAGCAAGGAGAAUCGGAGUGAUAUCACUACCGCCGAUGGGUUGCCUGCCUGCAGCUAUCACUCUUUUCGGUGCAGGAAACAAAAGUUGUGUUGAGAGACUGAACAACGAUGCUAUCAUGUUCAAUACCAAACUUGAGACCACAACCCAGUUAUUGAUGAAUAGACACUCAGGCCUCAGGCUCGUCGCCUUUAAUGUCUAUCAACCUUUCCUGGACAUCAUCACCAACCCAAUUGACAAUGGAUUCUUUGAAACAAAAAGGGCAUGCUGCGGAACAGGAACAAUAGAAACAUCGUUCCUUUGCAAUUCUCUAUCCCUAGGAACGUGUGUAAAUGCCACAGGAUAUGUGUUUUGGGAUGGAUUUCACCCCACAGAGGCUGUAAACGAGCUGUUGGCUGGUCAACUACUGGGUCAAGGGAUUUCUCUAAUCAAUUGAAUUGAGUCGUCCCAGUUGGAUUG